AUGCUCCAAACACCGCCCGGCGCCCGUCAGAAAAAGGAAACACGCGCCAAUGCAGUGGGGGGCCUCUUCUGCAUGCAUCCUGCAAGGCCGCCCUUUCGGGUCCAACGCGCUCUUUUCCUCUUCUUCUUCCUCGAUUCUAUCCCUUCCACUCUCUCUUCUUAUUGGCCUCACCUAGCAAGAGGCUACGACGGGUAUAAUCCAACUUGUCCUCCUUUUCUCUCCCUCCAGACGCUAUCGAAACCACGGCCUCGCCAAUCACCAUCCCUCGAAUCCUCAAUCCAAUCCAUCCGUCCCCUUUCAUCCACAUCACAGCACCGCACUGUAAAUCACUGGACUUGCCGAGCCCGCGGGGUUCCGGUUCAUAUUCUUGCUCCUCCUCUCAACCCCCCUGGACCGCCGGCCCUGCGGUUCCGCAUCUUCUCCAUCCACGGCAAAGCGCAAACGCCCAACGCCAACGCCUGGAUCGCGGCGCGACGACCGUGUCGCCUGCGGUGA